GCUCAGAAGGCCGCUGUGGUGCCGGGAAGCGCUUUCGCGGUCCCGCGACUCGCUCGAGCUGAGGCCCGCGAGCCUGCAGACGCCAGGCACUUGUCCACGGUCCGCUGAACCUGGGCGCGGUCCUUGAGCGCGGCGGCGCGCUCCGCCUCGGUGCCCUGGGCCUCUCUGCACCCCGAACAACAGACGCCCCGCCCUGCUGUGGGCGCGCGUGCGCUGCACCCGCUGCAGCCACCAGAGGCAGCCUCACCAUGUGUGGGGGGCUAAUCGAGAAGUAUGUGGCUGCCAUGGUGCUGAGUGCAGCUGGAGAUGCCUUGGGGUACUUCAAUGGGAAGUGGGAGUUUCUCCGGAACGGGGAAGAGAUUCACAGGCAGCUGGCCCAGCUUGGCGGCUUGGAUGCCAUAGAUGUGGAGAGAUGGAGAGUCAGUGAUGACACAGUGAUGCACCUGGCCACGGCAGAAGCACUCCUGGAAGCUGGCAAUGUCUUGAACUUGGCUCGCCUGUAUUCCCUCCUUGCUAAGCACUACCAAGACUGCAUGGGAGACAUGGAUGGCCGGGCACCAGGGGGCGCCUCAAUGCAGAACGCCAUGCUUCUGGAGCCAGACAAAGCUAAUGGCUGGAGGAUUCCCUUUAACAGCCAUGAGGGCGGCUGCGGGGCUGCCAUGCGGGCCAUGUGCAUCGGUCUCCGGUUUCCCCACCGCAACCAGCUGGACACCCUGAUCCAGGUGAGCAUCGAAAGUGGCCGGAUGACCCACCACCAUCCCACAGGCUACCUGGGAGCCCUUGUGUCUGCUCUUUUUACAGCCUAUGCUGUGAAUAGCAAGCCUCCCCAGCAGUGGGGGAGAGGACUGAUAGAGGUGCUACCGAAAGCUAAAAAGUACAUUGUCCAAUCAGGCUACUUUGUGGAGCAGAAUCUUCAACACUGGUCUUACUUCCAAGACCAAUGGGAAAAGUACCUAAAACUCAGAGGGAUUUGGGAUGGCAAAUCAGUCCCUACCUUCCCCAAGCCCUUUGAUGUGAAGGAGAGGGAUCAGUUCUACACCUCCGUGAGCUACUCUGGCUGGGGCGGCAGCAGUGGACAUGAUGCCCCCCUGAUUGCCUAUGAUGCCAUUCUGGCUGCAGGAGACUCCUGGAAGGAGCUUGCCCACCGAGCCUUUUUCCACGGUGGAGACAGUGAUUCUACAGCUGCCAUUGCUGGCUGCUGGUGGGGAGUGAUGUAUGGUUUUAAAGGAGUGAGUCCUUCCAAUUAUGAGAAGCUAGAAUACAGAAACCGGCUGGAAGAGACAGCUAGGGCUUUGUAUUCUCUUAGGUCAAAGGAAGAUACUGUAAUUACCCUUUAGGGAGAAGUGACAUUCAUUUCUGGUGGUUUCUCCUCUUGUGUAGUCCCUUUUCUGUUCAGUUUCAUUUUUUUCAAAGUCAAGAGUCUUAACCUUGUACUCAGGGAAUUUUGAGAUGAUAGUCCCUUGGGCACCUGAAGCUCAGUCUUUCCAAACUUAUCCUGUCCUCCUUACCCUGCCCCAGAUCUAUCCCUCUUCUUAUCCCGAGGUAGUUCUUUUUUUUUUUUUUUUGUUAAGCACUUGUCACCACCGGAAAUUAUAUUUUUUUACUUGUUUGCUUACUUGAUGAUUUUCGGUGUCUGCAGUAAGCUCAUUGAAGUCAGGGACUUGAUGGGCCUUGCUCAUGGUUGGGCCUGUAGCACCCAGAACAGUCCUCGCACAGGCAGGCAUUAAAUGAUUUUCGCUGGCUGUCUGGAUGUGAGUGGUGGGGAGAGGUGGAGUGGGGCAGCCAGAGGUACAGUCUUGGCUAGGAGAUGGACUUCCUCCCUGAGAAGCUGCUUCUGUUCUGGGCCAUCCUGGGCAGGAAGCAGUAAAGAGUCUGUGGGUUGGAGAGCUGUCCUGUUGCCCCUUUCAUACAGUUGAGUCCCACUGCUGAGUAGAAAGACACUCUCCUUAAAGAAACAGGGUUUCUCCUUUCACCCAGUCACUUGCAGGCUUCCUUAUUCCAGAUCAAGUUCUCUAGCUGUUCAGGAGAGGUGUCCCCAUUAUCAGCCUCUUUUUUUUUUUUUUAAAUAGAGGUACUAGGAAAUGAACCCAGGACCUUGUGCAUGCUAAAUAUGUACUCUACCACUGAGCUACAUCCACCCCACCUCCUGAAGAGUCUUUAUCUCAGUUAAUGGGGUCAGCAUCUCCCACAUUAAAAAUCUUGUAGCCUCAUAUCUGAGUCUUCAUUUUUUACCAGCUAAUCUUUCACCAAGUUUUUUCUAUUUGUUUCAGGUUAAGUUCCCAAAAGUGGGCUCUGAGACAAGGACUUGAGUGCAAAUAGUUUAUUUGGGAGGUGAUUCCAGGAAGCACUGUUAGGAGAAUGGGGAAGUGAGACAGGGAAGGGAGGGGAGCCAGGAAAAAGUACAUUAAUGAGCAGGUUACCACUGUGGGCAUUUGGGACUUAAGCCAUCUGGGUCCUCUGCGCAAGGCAUUCAAGAGUUGUUUCACCUGAGGGGCAAGCCGACCUGGGGUGUUUAUCCACUGACUUCCAUCUGACGUUGAUUGAGGACCACUCCCAGGGAUGCUGACUCCCUGGUGCUUCCUGGCCUUCCUCUUGUGGAAUCCAAACAUGAGUGUCUUCAGGUAAAGACUCAGAGAUGCUUGCAGUGGCAAGCUGUAUGGUGCAUGGGAACAGUGAGAAGUAUAUGUGGGGUCCCAGUAGCAUUUGCUAUAAGGUUCUACCUCCUAAAUAUCCUUCAAACCUGUCACCUCUUUUACCUUGUUGCACCAAGUAGUUUUCAGCUGGAUUUCUGCAAUCCAGGCUAUUCAGGUCUGGAGAUGCUGCUCCUAGCUGCACCCCGUACUUUCCUGGGCAUGGCAUUUGACAUGGGGUCUGUUUUGUUGUUGCCUGUUUGCUUGUCUUUAUUCUCCUCCAGAGAGAACUUAGCAUGGUGCCUGGGCACACAGGAGAUACCUAAUCAGUAUAUAUUAAAUGAAUGUUGCUUAUUAGCCUCCUGUCUAGUGCCUCUAAUUCCAGUCCUACCUUCCUCAUUGCCAUCCAGAGUGAUCUUUACAAAUACACAAUGAUCAUGCUGCACUUCUAAGCAUGUUCCAAUGACCACUCACCCCCUCUCUUCAUUUCUUGGUGCUUUUCCCACUCUUUUUCCCCUGGUAAAUUCUUACUCACCCUUCAAGCCCCACCUCAAGCAGCACCUCUUAGAUGGCAGCCACUCUGACUGUUCAGGCCCUUUCUCCUCACUACCCCCACAGCCUUCUGUCCCCACACCGUCCUGGUGUGUGGUGAUUGUGUGCCUUUUGGGUUGAUCUCAAGCUGCUUGUGAGGGACUGUGUCUCAUUCCUUUUGUGGCCUCCCUGUCUGGCCCAUUAGCGACAUUAAAUAAAUAUUUACUUUGAAAGUUCA